AAAGCUUCUUCUGCAGCCAAUUCUGCUGCUGUUGCUGCUGCUCGCCUUUUUUCUUUUCUUUCUUCUUCUUCGGACGAGAUGAGGGUUUAGGCGGUGAAUGUGCGGAAUUAUGGAUUCUUAUGGAUUGAUGGAUUACUUGAAUUUUUUGGUUUGGUGCGUGUAUGGGCGCGAGAAGGUAUGGGUAGUGGGCAGAAGGACAGAAAGACAGAAAAAAAAAAAAAUCAAGUCGUCGUGUGGAUGGAUGGAUGGAUGGGAAGAGGGCAUUGCAUUGCAUGCAGGCAGUGGUGUUGAAGGCUUGCUUGCCGUAAUGUGUUUGUCUUUUUGCUCUUUUCUUUAUAUAUACAUUAACUUCUACUGCUUCCUCCCGUUUGGGCCUGCUUCUUCUCCUCGCACGCGCCUUGCUCUUCUUCUUGGGUCCCUUUGCGACAUUGUCUUCCCUCGUCGUCAUCGUUCUUUGCUCGGCCAAGUAACCAAGCAUCCAAUGCUGGCCAGUCCAGUCCGUUAUCGAUCUGUCUCGAAUGACCUACUGUACCUAAUAAUACGUCGCUCGGCACCUGCUUCCUCACGAUGCAUGUCCUGUCCCGUGCGUGCUCCUGUCUGCCGUUUUUAUCCAUGCUAGUCGGAGAAUUAUACAUGUUUCUGGUUUCGCUCUUGUGGCCACCAACUAGAUGCCGUAUCCAGCCAUCCAAAACAUCGAUCUCCUCCUCUGCCUCUGCCGCUUCCUACGUACUAUCAAACAUACACGCACGUUUCUGCCUCUAACCCACUCGCCGGCUACGAUGGCUGGCUGCUGCGCCUAGCCUGGCAACACGUACAUCAUAUGUGCAAGGGAGCAGGCACGUUAGUAAAUGCGUUUGUGAGAAC